AUGUCAAGUGUACAAGAACAAGAGUUACCAGAACCAGACCAUUACAACGAUGUUAUGAGUGGUGACGGUCAAGAUGAUGAUGAUGAUGUUGAGAUGCUAGAUUCUGUGAAUGAGGAUCCAACUGUUGGUUGUGCACCUGCACAAGUUGCACGUGGAAAGAAAAAUAGAUUUAGAUCCGAAGUUUGGGAAUUUUUUAAACUCGUUAAGUAUAAGGAUGGUACAACGAAGGGGGUGUGCAAGGCUUGUAAUGUAGGAUAUAAAUAUGAAAGCCAAAGAGGUAGAACCUCAGCCAUGAAAAGGCAUAAGUGCAUUAAACGUCAGUCUAUGGACGUAGGGCAGAUGAUAUUAGCUUCACAAAAUAGCCAGCUGUCUACCCGUGUACACAAGGUUGAUCAAAUGAAAUUACGGGAUUUGUUCUCAGCUUUACUCAUUGCAAGAAAUGUUCCAUUUGCUUUGGUGGAGUGGAAAGAGUUUAGGGAUAUAUGUGCUUAUUUAAAUGAUGACUUUAAACCGAUAUCAAGGAAUACUGGGAAAGCCGAUGUGGUAAAGAAACAUAAAGCACAAAAAGAAGUUAUUCGCAACAGAUUGAAACUUGCUCCAGGUAGGAUAUGUCUAACAUCAGACAUGUGGACUUCUGUAACAACUACUGGAUAUAUAAGCUUAACUGCGCACUAUCUUGAUAAAGAUUGGGUAUUGCAAAAGAAGCUUCUGAAUUUCUCUCCCCUUCCACCACCUCAUACAGGUGAACACCUUUCUUCUAAGUUAUUUGCAAUGAUAGAAGAUUGGGGAAUUGAAGAAAAGGUAUCCAACAUCACCUUGGAUAAUGCUGCAAAUAACGGAGCUUGUGCUGGAAUUAUGAAGAGUAGACUUGUUGCAAAGAAGAUCUUGUUGAACGAUGGAAAAUACUUUCAUGUGCGUUGUUGUGCUCAUAUCUUAGCUCUUAUUGUAAAAGAAGGACUUACGAAGAUUGAUCCAGCCGUGCUUAAGAUUCGAGCGUCAGUGAAGUCCCUUAAAAAGUCCCAAGUAAGAAAACAAAAGUUCUUGGACAUUGUUGAAACUUUAGGAAUGUCUGGUCUGAAAAAGGGUAUUCGGCAAGACGUAAAGACAAGGUGGAAUUCAACUUAUCUUAUGUUAGACAGUUGUAUCUUGUAUAAGCCAGUUUUCUCUCAUUUGAAGUUGGUGGAUUCAGACUAUGAAGACUGUCCAACUAAUGAAGAAUGGGAACAAAUUGAAGUAGUCACAAAGUUUCUCAAGGUGUUUCAUGAACUCACAAAGGUUUUUUCUGGUAGUAAGUAUCCUACUUCCAAUCUGUAUUUUGAAAGAAUUUGUCAAGUUCAGGUGUUACUAAAGAAAGAGAGCAGAAGUAAUAUUGAAUUCAUUAGGAACAUGGUAAAAGAGAUGCAAGCAAAAUUUGAUAGUUACUGGAAGGAGUUGAGUCCUAUAUUGGCUAUGGCAGUUGUGUUAGAUCCUAGAUCGAAAAUGAAUUUUGUGAAAUUUACUUACUCCAAGUUGUAUCCUGAUGAGAGAGAAUUAGAAUGUCAAGUUGAUAAAGUUCAUAGUAAUAUAAAAGCACUUUUUAAUGACUCAAAAUUUGAGUGUUCAAAAUGGUGGGAAUUUGGUGCCCAAGAAGGGAGUGAUUUUUUUCAGGAAUAUGUUGCAACACAGGAACGUGGUGGUAAUGUAUUAACUGACUUGUCAGAGUUAGAUGAAUAUCUUGGCGAGACGUACAGAGGUUGUCUAAAUUCACUAGACAUCCUGAACUAUUGGAAGAACCAUGAACAACAAUAUCCAGUACUUUCAAGAAUGGUAGGGGAUAUUUUGUCAAUUCCUAUUUCAACCGUCGCAUCGGAGUCUGCAUUUAGCAUUGGAGGAAGGGUGAUUGAUCGAUUUCGCAGUUCCUUAUUACCUGAAAAUGCUGAGGCGUUAAUAACAACUCGUGAUUGGGAAUAUGGAAUUGGAAAAGAAGAUAUGGAUGAGGACAAUGUGAUCGUUGAAGAAGAUAUAUUAGGAUUUGAACCUGACGCAGUGGAGGAUGGGGCAUUAGAGGAUGUGGAGGAAACCCUAGAAGAUCAAGAGGAAAGGAUAGAAUCAGUGAAUUACCUGAAGUCCUUAUCCAUUUCAUUCUCAGUUUUCUUCCGACCCAAUGCGCCGUUUCUACAAGUGUUUUAUCUAAACAUUGGAGGUACUUUUGGAAAACCUGUUAUUGAUCUUCUUGAAGUGAAGUUUCCGAGUGUUGUUGGGUUAGAAGGCACAAUUGAGGAGUCUAAAUUGCAGGAUCAGAGGUUUUUGAAUUUUAUCGAGAGAAAGCUCGCUCUCCACUAUGAGGCACAAGAUAUAAAGAAAUUCAAUCUCGACACUCGUAAUGGGUUUGAUCCUGAAUGGGAUAAGCUUGAAGAAUGGUUUUCUGCAUUAUUUACAAGGCAUAAUCUUGAAGAGUUUGUGUUCUAUGCAGAAAAUUCGCCGAAUGACGGCUUCCUUCCUUCAUGUGGGAGAUAUGCAUCACUGGUUAUUUUGGAGUUAGAUACAUGGUAUCAAGUUUAUCUUCCUGACGCGAUAAGUUUUCCAAAUCUAAAGAUCUGUCGGCUUACACAUGCUAUCCUGUACAUGUAUUCUGAAGAUCCAACUACACAGUUUUUUUCUAACCUCCCUGUUCUUGAAGAAUUGGAGUUGACGACUGUCAGUGGAAUAUAUGUGAUCAAUUGA